GAACCCAUGCGUCUUGCUCACCCAAAAGACUCUAACUCUGCACGCUGCUAUUGUAGCUUGCAUGUCAUGAUUUAAUUCACCCAGAUUUCAAACUAAAUAACUACUUUGCACGGUUCGGUCAUUUCAUGAGGGUUAAAUUGUUCACGAAUCACGUUGCGUAAAUUUUUAUUAAUCAUGGAAAUUGAAAAACGAAAGCAACGUUUAUAAUCGAGGAUUUAUCAAAAUGUAUUGUGCACACUUACGUAACGAACCACUAUAUCAAAUCUGAAUAAUUUUGCAAAUGAUUCCAUUAAUGAAAUUGCAACAAAACGAUUUCUUUAUCUCAAUUUUACUAAUGCAGAAUAUGAUCCGAUAUACACGAUAAACAAAUGAUAUGAAACUUAAUCUUAUCACCAUAAGCAGGUCCAGGUGGUCAAGGCCUGAUUUUGACCAACGCGGGCGCUAGUCGCCGGCCCGACGUGCACCGCACCGUGCAACGCCGCAGAUUGCGACGCUGGCCUAUUUUACCUCCGACACAUGUUAGUCAGAUGCUGAUGAGCUCCCAGCCCUUAAGGGUGCGUGACAGGGACAGUGAUAAACUUCUAUUGCCUGUACUUCUAUUUCAUCAGUAUUUCAUUGCCAAGCGGGUCUCCUGUAACAGUCGAGAGUUGAUUUAGUAUCACUGCGUAUGACAAAGGGGUGCGGGUACAGUCUAUACGUGGUAAUAAGACAACGGAGCUGAGAAUCUCCUGUGUACGAGGAAUUCGAGGAUGGAGGGCACAGGCAGUGGGGAAGAGAGUCUGGACACUAUAAACGGCAGCGGCGGUAUUGGUAGAGGUAGCACCAAUAGCAGCAGCAGCAUUGUCAGCAACAACAGCAACGGUAGCAGACCUUCGCCGGCGGAAGUACAGACCACAACCAGCACGCUUGACAACAGCUUCCUCAGCAGUCUAGGCCAGGCUAGCAGUAACAGUAGCAGCGUAGAACUAAGCAUGGAGGGUUCCGGGAGCAGCAAGGCAUGCGCUGGCUGUGGCGCCAGGAUUGAGGACAAGUUCUUGCUUCACGCGCUGGACAGGUACUGGCACUUGGGCUGCCUUAAGUGCUCGUGUUGCCAAGCGCAUCUCGGAGAGAUUGGAACGUCUUGCUUCGCGAAGGCUGGGAUGAUUCUGUGUAAAAACGACUAUAUCAGGUUAUUUGGCGCUGGUGGUACAUGCGCAGCCUGUGCCCAGCCCAUCCCCGCCAGUGAACUGGUAAUGAAGGCUCAAAACAAUACUUAUCACCUCAAAUGCUUUGCUUGCGUCCAGUGUGGCACUCAACUGGUGCGUGGCGACAAGUUCGGCCUGAUCAACGGGAACCUUAUCUGUGAACACGACUAUCCAAACUUCGUCAAAGGAGGACACGCGCACGCGCAGCCCACGAAUAUGAGAGCCAAUCAUAAGGUUUGCUGAUAUAAGACAUGGUUGUUGACGCCAACCGUCCCACGGUAGCACUACUGUCCAGGUUGGUAAUUUGGAGGCGUUACUUUGAAGGAGGAACACUAUAUCCACUCGGCAGGAAGACCGCGCUGUAGUGGAACACUAAUGCACUUGGAAGAACAAUAGUCUUUCCUAUCACACUUGUUUGUUUGUCUGUGGUACUGUAAAGCACUGCGGUUUGAGUGAACUGUGAGACGUAACAUUGUUUUGCCGCCAACCAAGUCGAAGAAAAGGGUCAGACGCUAUGACAUGAAUGCUUCUGUACAUUAAAAUGAUACUCCUGUAUCUUGGCAAGUUUCACGAGGACCUGGACACAGAUACAGGUAUUAUCUAGACGCCUAGGAGCAUUGUAAAGGUUGACGAUAUUCUGGAAAGAUAAAGGCUGUCGACAAAGAAUACAGCACGCAGAACCCGAUGCCGCAACGCUCAACUUUCUUUAGCGUGAUGGUUAUGAUUAAAUGAGAACGAUAAGAAUACUGUUACUUUCUAUAUGUGAAACUGAAUACCUCAUGUAUCCAAGGACAAAGAGAAGAAAAGCAAGUUUGAUCAAGAGAAAAAUGCAAGAAUUUAUUAUAUGCAAAGGAUUGUAGCUUUAAUAAGUCGCAGACCGCGUUCAGCACGGUUUUGACAACUAACUUCAGGAAGCAAACGCUUGCAUACAUCCACGCUGUGAGCCGCCCCUGUAACCUUUGACCUUUGCGGUCAAUUUUGAUAGGGUGGGCUAAUUAUUGGAAAACGUGGGCCUUGAAGCGUGGUCUAGACGUUGAUUGCCAUGGCUUGCGUUUUAUAAAAUCUGAUCUUAUUGAAUCCUAACAGUUGUAAACCUGUUCUGCGACUGCCAACUUGUCCUCUCCAAUGGUGGCUCAAGGGAAUUCGGGAAGACUUUUUAAAAAUAUUUUUUCGUUACGUAUGAUAAAAAUGCCAAUGCAUCUUGAUACGUGUGACAGAAAAGGUAUUUUUCUUAUGUUGUUCCGUACAUUUGCCAGCAUUUUCUGUCUACUAAUAUGAUCAGAUUCUUGAGGAAAAAGAGCAACUAAUAUUGGAUUUUGAAGCAGAAUUACCGACCGUUUUCAAAAUCGAAUUUGUAAUUCAAACCAAAACUAAUAAUCAGACACGAUUUAUUGGACUCUGUCACUAAUAUCCCUCCCUUAUUUCUUUAUCGUGAAUUAUGGCAAAACUCGCCUAAUCAUUAGGUCACUGUUAUUAUGAUAGCAUGACUUGAAUGUCAUUUUUAUCCCGGUGUCUCGUACGGGAGAGUCCCCUGUCGUAUAGGGCCCGGUUCCUAUGGAUUUGUACAGGCAAGUCCCGUUCUAAAUUUGACACACUGACGUCACGAUAACUCUAACCUGUAUGAAUGAAACGAAGGGCGGAUUCUCAAGACCCUCUGUUUUAUAACGUCGGUCACACCAAGUGGCUUUCAAUCAUUAUUUUGUAAAUAGGAGCUUUUUUUUUUAGCAAAUUUAUAUUAACAUGGCAGAGGAAAUUUGCGGAUUGUAGAUGGUUUAUUGGAAAGAUUUUAAAACAGUAGACAUUGUCUGGUGCUUCACAAUUUGCUUUUCAUCUCAAAAGUUCUUUUAGUUAAAGGAUAACACUAGGGCUUGUUUUCAGUUCCAGAUUGCUUCCUUUUUUUGUUCUGGCCUCUCCAAUUUUCCGUAGACUUUUUGAAGCAUUCCAAUGUACUGGUUGGCCAACUUUUUAUUAAAGCAUUGAGGAACAUGUCAAACAGCAUUAACGUUAAGGACUUGGUGAAUUAUUUAUAUUGAGUAUAUUGUUGAUAGACCUUGCUGUAUAUAUAGAUAAUAUCAUUAUUUAUUUUUGUGAAAUUGCCAAAGGUGAGGAAUGUGUUAUGUGUAAGUGCUUAUUGUAGGUAGUUGUUAAAUCACCGCACUUGCGUGUACUUGAAUCAUUCAGCCAUAUUAGAAGAUAUUUAGUUGGAUAGGUAUUCCCAGUUUAAUACUGCAAUUUUUGAUGCAUCGGUGUUACAUAUACCGAAACAAGUAUAAAUAGAUUUUUGCUCAUCUCAUUCAGAAAUUCAUUAUACCUGUUGGUUCUCGUGUACGGUGUAUGCAUUUUAAGUUAAUUCAUAACUGUUUCAUUCAGUAACGUUGUAACACUUCAUUAUCCCACGUUUAAACUUAAAACCAGCAAAAGAUGAUCACCGUGUUCGGUAAAAUCAUUUAGUAAAUUUAGUAAUUGACAAAAUUUCCUUCGGAGUAAGGUAUUUUAGUCACUUCAGAUUGUUUCACUCAAUCAUGUCUUGGUACAACCAUUGCCCCCUUGGUGUGGGGUUUGGGGCCUGCUCAAGGGCCCGGAAAAUUUUUUGGUAAUUUGGAGAGCCAACAGUGCCCCUUGGUACGGUUGAGAACUAUGAUUUAGCUAGUCAAAAUUCUAAUUUCAAGAGGGGAAUAUUGGUGUGGUAUAUAUUUUUCAGAAACUGCCACUGAUUGUAACGACCGAACCAAAGCGUAUAUGACAAUAUAUAAAGUUGGCCGACGUUAUUGAGUGCAUUGUAACUCCAUAUCCAUAAAUUUUGGUAUGUUGGUUAUAGUGUUGUGCAGUAUUUUAAUUACAUGUGCCGCACAGGUAACAGUCCAUAUUAAUUUUGUUAUCGUGGUUUAUAUCUACAGAGCAUUUUGCGUUUGUUUUUUUUUCUUACAAAUUACAUAAAAGUUGCCGUUGGAUACGCAGAUAUUAUGGGGACGUUGAAGUUAUUGUAAAUCUUUGAAAUCAAUGGACUUGGCCAUGUUUGUUUGGGCCCGGUUAUUAGUACUGGUUUAAAGCAAUAUUUUGUCAUUUCUCAUAAUAAUGUAAGGUACUUAGUCUUUAUAUUUUGCCCCCAGAUGCUCAUUAUUAUUAAGUGGUAUUCCAGCCGGGUAUUUUUUACAUGUGGUGUGUAACUUCUUUGUGAAUACAUCAGUUAUUGCUCGAAUUCAUAUUGUUGAUAAAUGUUGUUUUCAAAUAAACAAUCGAAGAAAAUAU